UUGUCUGUGCGGUCCGGACUGCGCUUGCGCGAGAGAGGGUCCCACCAAGCCGCCCCCCGAGUUCCACUGAGGAACGAAGUGUGGUGAAUUGGAAGGGGCCGCACAGGCCCGCGGCGGGGGAAAGAAGAGAUGGCGGGGCAGACGGCUGGGCAGUGGUGGCGGCGGCGGCGGCUCUGGGCUCUCUGCCUGCCCUGUUUCUUCUUACUCUGGGACCACCCGGCGACGGGAAUGGAGUCGACGGUGUCGCCUUCACCGGCUCCCGCCAUGCCAUGUGCUGCUUUUACCGAAAAGACUUGUGAAGAAUGUGUACGAAAUACGAAAUGUCUUUGGUGCAUUGAAAAUUCCACUUGUAUGGACUAUCCUGUGAGCAAGCUCAUUCCACCGUCCUCACUGUGUAUACUAACAGAGGCUUAUUGGGCAAUCUGCUUCGUCAACUUUGAGGCCAUCAUCAUCACCAUAAGUGUUGUAGCAGGCUCCCUUCUGCUGCUUAUAAUGUGCUGCUGCUGUUACUGCUGCCGCAGACGCCGUCCUAGGGGGAAGCGUGCAAGCAAGAAGCGCGCAUUCAGCCAUAUAUUCAGUAUUCGGUUGCCUAAAUCCUUCCUGAACACAAGUACAGGGAGAGUAGCUGAAGAGGAAGAAAGUUUUAUCAGAGAUCGGGAAGAAAAAAGACUGCAGUCCCUUCAGCGGAAACAUGAAAGAAAAGUGAAGCAUGAUGAGAUACGCAAGAAAUACGGUCUUCUCCAGGAUUCUGACCAUCCAUACAGCAGAUAUGAAAAUGAAUGAAAAUGAAUACUACUGUGCCUUUUUAAAGAAGGCAAAAAUGUCAAGAUCAUUUUCUGGUUCAGUUUUGAGAUCACCAUAUAUGUACAUAAAUGCUCAAAGGAACAUGGUGUUUCCUGUUCUUUUCUGUUGAAAGCCACAUUCCUCUAUUUGUGUUUGUAAUUUUUUUAAAUAUAGAAUAAUCAGUUUUUGCUUUUCUUUAAAGGAAUGCGAGUUGAAGUGUACAAGCAACAAAUCGUGUCAUUUUCCUUAACCUUUUAACCUUUUAUAAAACAAUUGUCGUUUGCACGUUGCUAAAUAAAGGCGCUCUUUAAAUCAGUGUCAAGUAAGUGUUGGCAAAUAUUUGACACUACAGAGGUGUGGUAUCAAGUGCCGACAAAUAAUUACAGCCUCCACCACCUUCAAGACUGUUAAUAGAACGAGAGAUGCAAGUGAAAGAAAAUGACAGAGUGUAGUGGCCACUUUGGCUCCAGUAACAAGACUCAGGUGGCUGCUGAGCUAGCCAAUACGUUAACAUCCUAGCCCCCUGAAUGCUGCCUCCUAAUGGCUGCAAACAUGCCCUGCCUUUUGCUGUUCUGUAAUAAGUCCCUCAGUAGGACCUUUGCUGGCACAGACUGUCUCAUGUUGUAGCUUGUUCCAUCUGGGCCUUACAUGCAGUUUGAGCAGACAAAAUCGGUGCUGUUCAGAAAGAUUGCUGCCCUGCUUGGCAGAGAGCACAGGCACGGCGAGUGUUUAUUUUUAAUUGCCUAACACUCUUAUUACUAUGAAUAUUAAACAAGUCCUGAUGGGCAGGUUGCAUUUUUUUUCUCCUGACACACACACACACCACACAUAUAUACAUACUCUGAAACUACUAACAGAGAACUUUCAACAUUUAUAAAAUUAUGGUAUUGUUCUUAAAUGUUUGAAAAAGCAUUAAUUCUGGUUUUGUCUUUAAAUAGGUUCUGGUUUAUGGUACUGCAGAAUACUUUGCUGAAAUGUUUGUCUGCAACAUCAACUCCGUCUUUAAGAAAUGUUAAUAAAAGCUUUUUAGCCACACAUGCAUGUGUUAGAGGCGAUGUGUUGGCUUCCUUGAUACACUUUCCAAGACUGCAACAAUUUCCUCUUUAUCAAAUUCUUGUUCCUAGUUCAUUUUUUGAACACAUCAUCACUUCAUUCAUUAAAUUUUUCUAAUAAUAUGCAAGGUAAUUUUGUAUGUGGCGUUUUCUUCCUGUGUACCAUCAGUCCUUCUAAUAGUGAAUAGGUGAUGAGUUUUGAUAGGAUUUAGCCAAAAUACACCCACUGAGAAACAAGAAGGAGGUAUCAGUAUGCUUGGCGGGAACCUUGAGUUUUACAAAACAUUAAUCUUUAUUAUUAUUACUUUAAAAAGUGAAAAACAAAACACCCCAGUGACAACUGACUAUGCUCAGUACCAAAAGAAUUGCAAAUGGAAAAUGAGUGUGGGAGAUGGAAUCCAUUGCUUGGAGGCAUGGCUGGCUGGAACCCUUAAGCGGAAGAAUAUACUGCAAUAUUUUCCUACGGGUCUUACUUGUUCCAUUAUAUUUAACAAAGUUUGUUGCUUUGUCACAUUAUUACACAGUUAAAGUUACCUAGGUUUCUUUCUGGAACCUAGGGGUCAUUUUCUGAAUCCUUAAUAGUCAUCCUGCACCAAAAUUACAUGUACAGUGCUGGGUUUUCUUUAACCAGCUACUAUCUUUGACUGUAUCUAUACAUGAAUGCUAUAGGAUUUGUUGUUAAAUUGACUUGUAGCUAUUUGGUUCAAGAUUUUUAUGGUAGGUUUGAAUACCAUCUGGAGCAAUUAUUAGAAAGGUGGCGAUACAAGUUGUUUUCCUUAAUUAUUUACUUUUUAAUGCUUGAUAUACAAAAAGGCUGCAUCCAAUUAGUGCUCCUCCACUGACAGAAGGCUCUUUGAUCCAGUGGAGGCUUCCAUUGGUGGUGGAAUGGGAAAGAAGGUGCUUUUUGGUGACACCCCAAUCAGCUCCAGAGAGUUGGAGCGCCCUUGAAAAUGGUGUGUGAGGAGGUUUUCCCAUUUUGCUGACAGAAACUUUUGGAACAAAGAGCCUUCUGUUAGCUGAGGGACUCUUAAUUGGACACAACCCAUAAUACGGCAGCUCUUAAGAUGGCGCAAUAGGCCAUAACUGGUUUGCCAAUAUUUUUUGAAUUACAGCAAACUAUUGCCAACUACUUUGCAAACAACCUUCAAACCAUGGUUUUGCAACCUUUUGUCAACCAUGGCUUAUGAGAUCUCAUAGUUUUGGAUAUAAAUCAAGCCAAAACAUGGUUGGUUUUUAUCUGCAACCACAAAGUGUUUCAGUAGUACGUUCUCAUUGGAGAUCCCUUGUGAAGGUGUAGGCUGAAAGUGGUAGGGCAAAAAUGUCUAGCUCUUCCUCCAAGGACGUUGUAUAUGACAUAGGAGCCCUGUUUAUCAUCAUAGGAAACCUGCAAGACAACUUGGUUGAAGCUAUCCAGUGGCUGAGCAGGGAUUUGAGCUCAGGUCCCACUACCUAAGUCUGAUAUUGACUUUCGUUCUCAUCUGCUUUCAAAACAGGGAGUCUAUUUUCUUUGCUCUCAAAUAUUACACAUUUGACAUGAAGGUUGUAUUGGCAAAAGUAUAUGUAAAUAAGUUGUAAUUGGGUUUAACCCGUUUUAUUGAUUUGUUUUACAUGUCUUGUUUAGUUUUUUUUAGAAAAAAACUUUAUUUUAAUGUAUUUUAUUUGUAUUAUUGUUAGCCACAUUUGGCACCAUAUGUUGGGAAAGCAGAAUACGAAUUUGACAAAUAAUAAAU